UCCCUCCGAGCACUGCCGGGUUGGGCUGCGUGACUGCGUCUAAUCGGAGGGGCCGCCGCCGCCGCAGCAUGUGCAGCUUGGAUGCGGCUGGUGGCCAGCUCGGUUGACACUGACACGCUCGCCCGGGGGCCGUGUGUGCACGUGUGAACCUGAACCCCCGCCGCCGACGCCGACGCCGCAUCCGGUCUGGCAGGACUCUUUGCCCUGCUGCUGCAGCACCAGCCAGACCCUCAAUUUGCAGAGGGCGGGAGCAGCCAGCGGCCGCGAUCGCCACCCGGUUGCAAGACCGCAUUGCCUUUGCGCCGCGCGGCCGCCGGCUGGCCCGGCUGCUCAGGGGCUCCGCAGCAGGGGCCGGCUGCCUGCCCCCUCCCUCGCCUCGGCUUUUGCUGCAGAGAGGCGCGGGAAGGAGGGUGGCUGCUGCUGCUGCUGCUGCUGCUGCAGGGAGGAGGCGGGUGGAUCGCAGGUGCCGCAGCCGCGGGAGUGCGUGCAUUGCAGAGAGGAGAGAGGGGCGCCGCCGCUGCAGAAGAGGAGCGCCGGGGAGCGGUGAGGAGGAUGAGGCAUUCCUGAUCGCGCCCUCCCUCCCACUCCCCGCCCCCCCCCCCCGCAAUCCCCAUCCCCAGCCAUGACUUUCAUGCACAGCUUCUUGCACCCACAGCAAGCGAUGCGGGGCGGCUGCACCCCUCUCCUGGCCCUGAGGGUCGGCUGCAUUUCGCAACGCAGAGCCGGCUCCGGCGGCGCUCCCCGCCGCCGGCCCCUGCGGGUCUUGGUGGACAUGGACGGGGUGCUGGCGGACUUCGAAGGCGGCUUCCUGAAGAAGUUCAGAGCCAAGUAUCCGGAGAAGCCUUUCAUCUCCCUGGAGGAUCGGAGGGGCUUCUGGGUGUCCGAGCAGUAUGGGCAGCUGGAACCGGAGCUGAGUGAAAAAGCAAUCAGCAUUUGGGAGUCGAAAAACUUCUUCAUAGAGCUAGAUCCCCUGCCAGGUGCUGUGGAAGCCGUGAAACAGAUGGCUAAAUUAGAAGAGACGGAUGUGUUCAUAUGCACAAGUCCCAUCAAGAAGUACCGCUAUUGCACUUAUGAAAAGUACGCCUGGGUGGAGAAACAUUUGGGCCAGGAGUUUUUGGAGCAGAUUGUCCUCACCCGAGAUAAGACGGUGGUCUCUGGUGACCUUCUAAUUGAUGACAGGCCUGACAUCCAAGGAGCUGAGAAGACUCCCAGUUGGGAGCACAUUCUCUUCACGGCCUGCCAUAACAAGCACUUGGAGGUCCGACGUCCUCACAGGAGGCUCCACUCGUGGACCGACGACUGGAAAUCCAUCUUGGAUAGCAAGCGGCCAUUGUAGAGCUGGGCUUGUUCAAAUGUCCACCUCCUCAGGCUGUCCUUUGGCCAGCUUGGGGCACUGGGUUUCCUCAGGCCGCUCAGCGAGGGAGUCCAGUUACAGGCCCGAAAACCACUCCGCGACCGCCUGGGCAGAAAACAGGAGGCCAUGCCUUCAGUUUUGGCUACAGAGCCAAGAACAAUGACUCAAGUAAUGGAGAGUUCAGGCCCUCAAAGGACAGGAGACACUUGCCAAAUACUCUCCUUGUGCCUGGCUCUGUCUGAUUCAACAACAUUGUGCUCACUGGUUGGAAAACUUGGGGUUUUCCAAGCAUGGUUUAGCUUUACAUCCCUGGCUUCUUUAAUGAUGGCAUCUUUUCUUUGCGCCCAUUGGACAUGCCUCUAUUCCCAGGACUGAAAUGGCACUGACAUCUCAAUGGGACCCUCAGAAUUAUUACCUCAGAUUGUUCAAGGGGGUGCUUUGGCAAUGAAGCCAAGGACCCAGAUAAGGACUUUCCCCAUUCACGGCUGGGCCUUCUUUCAGUGGAAGCCAUGAUGGCCACCUUCAUAGACAAGAAGGCCUCUGGAAUGUACAGCUCACCCAAGUUUAGUGCUCUCAAAGAGGAGAUAAGGAAGUCACCAUUUCAGACUACAGGUGGGAACAAAAGGAUUGACCAAGUCACCAUACCAAAAAACUAAAAAUAAAAAGACCACUUCACAGAGAAAAGUAGCAUGUCAGGGUUGCAGCAUUCAAAUUUGAUUUUGAUGGAUACUUAAAAUAGAAGAGAGAGAGAGAGAGAGAGAUGUUGGCAUGACAAAUGAAUUUUAAGGCAAAUGUCACAUACCAAUGUGCUCAAUUAAUUUCCUUGGCACUUAAAAAAAUUAAUCCCUAGAUCCAACAGAAUGCAUAAUUGGUUGUGCUGAAAAAUAAAUCUCCAUUGGAAUUCCACUGGAGCAGUUGCAAGCGAAUCUAAGAGAGAAAAAUUUGAGUCCCACAAAUUUGUUUUGUCUUUAACCUGUAUAUCUUUGGAAGGAGGAAAAAUGGGGUUUCUUGUACCUUGCCCUAAACUCCAUGCAAGACCAGCUCAGCCUGAUAGGCAGUAUAGGCAGCUGCCUAGGACAGCAGAAUCCCAGGGGUUCCCAGGCUAAGGGGGAUGACGACAAAUAUUUAUAUACCACUCUUCAGCCAAAGUUCUCAAAGAGGUUUACAUAGAAAGAUAAAUAAUACAUAAAUAAGAUGGUCAGUCCCCUGUACCCAAAGGGCUGACAAUCUAAACCAGGGAGACAGGGUAUAAUCCCCACAUCUGUUUUCUUGAUUACAUCCACUUUUCUCUUACUCCAUAUCAAGUGAUUAGAGGAAAACAUGCCCACUCACUUUUAUGGAACAGGGGAAAGUGGGGUCUCUUGAGGAGAAGACACAAUUCCUCCCUUGCCCCUGUUAUCUCAGAGGUCUGGAGUGGGUGGGUGUAUAUGUGUCCCCCCAUCCAAAAUGUUUUUCCUAUAACAGCACUUCUGUGUUCUGAAAAACAUCCAUCUGAAUUGUCUGUAUUCUCUUGCACAUUUUUCUAUCCCACUUUCCUUCCAUUAGGGGACUCAACAGCAUAGGAAUGCAAGUCAAUUAAGGCAAUGAGCCCGUUCUCACGAUCGUGUGAGAGGGCUUCAGGGUGGGCGACGGGGAAGGCAGCAGAAGCCCACCUUCCCAACAGACGAUCCGGCUGCCAUGUGCCCAGAUGCUUUGCUGCUUCCCCCAGCAGCGCGGACAUGUGGGGGUCGGGAUGCCUCAUCCCGGCCCCUGGAACUCCCACCAUGUGAGUGUGCGGUGCAUUGUGUGGAUACCCCUGCGCCGGGCAACCCCCCAUGAGUGUUGCAGUGUCUGCUGAAAGCAGCUGGCGCUGCAGACGAUCUGGAAACCGGUGCUAUGGGAAUGCUUGCUCCCUUUAUCUCGUUUAAGAGGCGGGCUCCCUAGGUAGGUUUGCCGCCGAAGCACUGCUGGGAUCGGGUGUGACCCUGGCGGUUCUCACACGCAGCCAAGAUCAGGCUUGGCUUUCUAAGCCCAGUCUUGGCUGCGUGUGAGAACAGCCUUGAUGUUAAAAAAAAACCACCAUGGUAAAAAGUAAUGAAAAGGAGGAUUCACAACCAGAAUGAAUAAGAAUAUGGCAGAUAUUGAUAUAGGUCAGUUUGGCUUCCCCCAGAGGCCUCUUUAUAAGCACUAGAAGACAUAUGAUGACACCAUGCAGGCCUUUUCCUUAUUAGGAAAAGAUUUCUAGAGUGUUGGUACUACAACCAAAAAGGCCCCGUUCAUUGUACCCUCCUGCUGAACCUUAGGUUCAGAGGGUUUGUCAGGAAGGCAGUGGUCCUUAAAGUGCCCAGGUCCCAAUUCUUGUAGGGCUUUAAAAACAACUAGAGUCUUGAAUUAAGCUCGGAAACAAACAUAAAACGAAUACAGACCAAAAAGACUGAUGCACUCCGUCCUUUCCCCGAUAACAGAUUCCAGACCAGCUAGUUCCCGACACUUUUCAAGCACAUUGGUGUAUAGAACACAUUUCAGUAGCCUACGUUUGAGGUUACCAGAGCUUACAUGAUGUAGCCAGGUCUGUCUUCUCUAAGAAAGAGAGGCUGAAUUGCGAGAUAGCUUCAAAGAGUACCCUCUGUUCUUUGAGCAUCAUGGUAAGGAAGGAAGUCUCAGGAGCAGGUGGGGUGGGAUCCCAGACAUCUGAAUGUGUUUGAAAGUCACUGAGGUGCCCGGCAUCCUUUCUUGCCAGCUCAACAAUAAAGUAUCGGCCCACUUUGUGUUGCUACCUGCAGGAUGAGUAGCAGUGGAAACCUUUGCAAAAGGAGAGUUCUGAAUGGAGCCCAAGUUCAGUGUUUAUUUCCUGCUGUUAUCCCUUCCAGCUCAGGAGCGUAUUGGGGAGGCGCAAAAUAAAGGCGAUGCAUAACUACAUUUCCCUCUGACAAUGGUUUUGGUAACCAAAAGUUUUAGCAGAGGAGUGAGAGAAGCUGUUUAACCUUUCCCCUGCAACUUCCCUCAGCUCCUUUUCACCUGCAGAAAGUUACCUGUAUCUUUUCUCCUCCGGGGAGAAAAUCAACUGAGGGAAGACGCCUCCGAGUGUGAUAACAGGUUGAAGAGGAAGGGUCAAGUAGGCUCUGCUGCCGUCCCGUGAGUUAAGAUGGCAACCCCUGGAGCGUGUUAAAAGGAGAGACAAGUUGCUUGGAUGGAGGAGCAAGCUCUGGCUUACGGCUUUAAUGGGCCUGGAGAGCCAGGAUUGGCCUUUGCAGGCCAGCUGACAGGAUGGGCUAAGACAAAUCUUGGGGCUGGCCCUGAUAUCUGGCCCCUCCAGGUCUUCAUCCCUGUGCCACACACAUAAAUGCUUACACUUCUUUGAACUGAAUGUAGCUGGCACUGAAUGCCUGCACAGUUUUAUUGUGCGCAAAUGAUCAGAUACAGGAGGGGCAGGAAGGAGGACAAGCUUUGGCCUAGAAUGUGAUCUUCUUGGGGCAGAGACCUGCGUGCUUACGCUUUGUAAAGUGUCCUCACAUCAGCUGGGCUAGUUCAUCAGUAAUUAGGGUUGUCUCAAUCUGCCUUUGCUCGAUCUGUUUCAUGGCAUGGAGAUAGCUAUUACACUCUGCGAUUAACUGCAGUUCAAGCUGCACAGCAGCAAGGGACUGGUUUAAAAGCUGGCAACCCUAGGAACAAGAGGGAGGGAAUCUUCAAAAUCCUCAAUGUCUAACCUGAACAGGACUAGGGAGAGCUGUGGAGAACGGCCGUAGCUUAGUGGAAAAACUUUGCAUGCAGACUGUCCCAGGUUCAAUCCCUGGCAGAAUCUCCAGAUAGGGCUGGAAAAGACUCCUGCCUGAAACCUUGGAGAGCUGCUGCCAAUCUGUGUAGACAGUAUUGAGCUAGAUGGACCAAGGGUCUGACUCAGUAUAAAGCCGCUCAGUGGUAGAAGAUCUACUUUGCAUGCCAGAGGUCCCAGUUUCAAGCUCUGGUAUCUGCAGGGAAGUCUCAGGGUGAGUUAGGCAUCUUUUCCCAUCCAUAUAUGAAAGAGCUUGGCUGCUAUUGUCCCACCAAAUUCCAGUCAGCCACUGGAGGGUGAUAUGUGCAAAGACAUUUCUUUUCUGCCAGGCACAUGCGCUGCAAAUAAACCUGAACUGGCUGGAUCAACCCACUUUCUAAGAAGCCCUUGUGCUUCCAGCUCAAGACCUUCCAUGGAAACACUUAAAAAACAACUACAAAAAACCCACCCAGAAAUCUCCAGGCUCAAGUUGCAAUAUAUCCAAAGUCAAAUAGAACAUUGCUUCCAAGAAAGCGUUCCCACAGGACAUGCUGCCUAGAGAUGGAAACGGUUGCAUAAGCUCCCUCGUCAGUACGCGGUCAAGGAACAGCUCUUGUUUCUGCUGCUCUUGUUGAAAAGGGUCUUAUUCGAGCAGCUACUAUAUACCUUCUUAACAGUCCUAGGACAGACCAUUGUACUAGGGCUGUCUCUUCUGAAAGAACAAAGACCAAAAGGUUAUGCUGAUCUUGAGGCGGGGGGGGGGCACUAUGCAGAAACAUUGGACAUUUAGCAUCUCUCAGCCCUGAAGAAACGAAUGCACUGGUGUUGUUUUGUCACCUGCUAAAGGUAAAAGGCCAACUUUGGAAGCAAGCAAGUUCCUCUGGUGAUCAUCGUGGAGAAUACAACUUGGCGGCCUGAAGAACAAAUACCCUCGUCACCGCUAAUUACUGUGUCUUCUGUGUAAAAAAGAGCCACUUGCCUAUUAUGCCAGGUUCAGGCUAUAACAUGGAGAGGCGUCUAUAAAACAUUUCCAGGGAUGACACUAGAAAAUCAUGGAGUGUAUUUUGUAGCACAAAGUGUGGUGACAACCUCAGCCUUCUGAUGCUUCUAGACCUCAAAGUCAUGGUGAACAAUCUGUAUGAUUGUCAACAUUUAAACAGACCUUUGGAAGGGGGGAAAGGCUUUAAGAUGCUUAUCUGAUUGAAGAGGGGUAAUUCCACACAACAUGGACUGAAACACUGUUGGGAAACCAGAUGCGGGAUGUUUUGGGUGCUGGCUAGGGGUGAUCCUUUUGUGAGGCAAUCAUCUCAGAAGGCAGAUGAUUGGGGCCUUCAGAGAAGCUCUUUGGGACUGAACGGAUUCUUACAAGCCUUUCCAGGAGCGCCUCUCCUCACACCCCUUGCAAAGCUUGCAAGAAGCAUAAGGAGAGAAGAGGAGGCUACCAGCAACCUCCGGCUGCAGUCUGCAGGGAGGAGACCUGGGCUUGUAGCAAGCAUGAAUCCUCCCCUUUGCUAAGCAGGGCAAUUUGCUAAUUGUCUGCCCAGGUUUGCAUUUGAAUAGGAGACUACAGGUGUGAGCACUGUAAGGUAUUCCCCUUAGGGGAUGGCGCUGCUCGGAGAAGAGCAUCUGCCGGCUUGCAUGCAGAAGGUCCCAAGUUCCCUCCCCGGCAUCUCCAUCUCUUUCUGGCUGAGAGAGACUCCUGCCUGCAACCUUGGAGAAGCCGCUGUUAGCCUGUGUAGACAAUACUGAGCUAGAUGGACCAAGGGUCUGGUUCAGUAGAAGGCAGCUUCCUAUGUUCCUGUGUUCUUAAGGUGUCAAUACAUGGGGCUGGUUCUGGUCCUCCUGUCCCUUCAGGGUUAAACUCUGUGGAGGCCAGGACUGUGUCUGAUGCUGGCUCUGCCUUUUUUAAGGUGUCCUGUGAGGUUCCCUUGGGCUCUGGGGCUACCUUCAGGGCUCAGGGCUAGCCCCACCUCUUCAUGGUCCGAUUCUGAGUCACUGGUAAGGGCAGGGCUCAUGACACCAGGAGAUCAAUCAGGAGACCUGGAGAGGACAAUUAGGAUAAUCAGGAAGCCUGGAGAAGACAAUGGCCUCACCUGAAGGUAUCAUCUGAACUGGCCUAUUCUUAACAGUGGUUAACUCCCAGCUGAAAGUGUUGACUGGUUUCAUAGAAAAGUAUGAUCUUCUGGGUUAUGUGGGGUGAGAUAAAUGUCCUGUCUGUGUUAUUUAAUAGUGUUACCUCAUUCACAAACACAGAUCAGCAACAUUCACAAACACAGAUCAGCAACUGAUGCUAUAUUCACCAAGCAACCAACCCAGGUGUGAACUGGUAUCAUUUCUAUGUAUCCUAUAAAACGCAAGAACCAAGGAAAACAGCCUCCUCCCACUUCAGAAGUGUCCAAAACCAACCCAUAUCCUGCCAUUAGGUGGUGCCACAGUACAGAAGACAACAAUAAAAAUGCAAACAAACCCUCGCAGUCCGAUAUGAAAUCUUGGGUUUCUAUUGAUGAGGAAGGGACAGGAGACGGCAUUGAUGGGGAGCAGGAAUGUGAAAUGAAGUGUUGGGACGGCCCAGUGGCACUCUUUGGACCAGACAGCCGGGCAGAGGUCUAGUCCCCUGCAGGCCUGGGGGGCCGCCAAAUGCCGAGUGGCCUGCUAAUUUGUCCAUGCAAAAUGUGGCAUCUCUCUGCAAGUCAGUGGGAAAUGUCUUAUUUAGAAUCUCUUCCAAAAACACCCCACCCAAAAGUGUUUCCAGCUUUCCCUGAGCAUGUUCUGGUGUAAAAAAUCAACGGUGCAUUGCAGCUUAUCUGGUGGCGCUGAUGGCAACAGUGGGGUUAGGCUCCCGCCAAAAAGCCUAAAGGCUACCAAAUUACCUAUGUAAUUUAACCUCUGGAAGGGCCUUGUCAGAGCAGUUUUCUUGGCUUCCUUCUUUGGUCGAUAAUAGUGUUAUCGACUGUGCCUUGUUGAUUGGCAGGAGGAGAAGGAUCUUGUUUCAGAAUCUUCCUUUGAGCAUUCUGUGCCAGUGCAAAGCAUAUGUGUUUCUUUAGGAGUGUUUUUUGGUUUUGAGGAGAAGGACUGGGCUGCUCUCCCCACUAACAUUUUUGGGGUAUGACUUGUGGGCCCUCCUAACACCCCCAAAUGUGCCCCCCACUCUUAACAAGAGCUUGCAGAGGCUCUAUGCCUAUCCACAAGUCACAUUAGCAGCCAUCAAUAUAUUAACAGGCAAUGCUAAUAAUAAUGAUGAUGAAAACUUGUCAAAACGAGCACUAGAAAGCUCUGGACCCUUGGAGAAUCAUAGGGCAACGAAACUUUAUAAUAGGGGUCAGAAACUGGAGACCAACGGCCCUGGUCCUUCAAAGGGUUUGAAGGGCUGAAAAACAUCGCAUUUAUAGCCACUGCAUUAUUGCCAUAAAUGCAAAGCAAUAAUAAUUACAAAUGGCAUAAUUGCAUCCUUGCAUUGCAUUCAUAGCAAUAUAACUUCUUGGCCGGCCAAGUGCAGGCUGAGCAGCCAUGGCUCUCGAAGAGGCACUCCACAAAAAAUGACUUGUUGAUGAGGCUGUUUCCUGCUGCUUCUCUUCUUAUGGAAACACACACCACCCCACCGCCCUUUUAUUGUUCUCUGAACCCUUUCCAACUCUUUAACAUUAUUCUGGAACUUCCUUACUUCGAGCCAAACACAGUGUUCUGGACAGAGCUCUACCAGGGUUGAAUAUAAUUAUGAUUGUUUGGUUUUAUACACCACAGCCUAGGCCCUGUGCUUACAAACUGAUUAAUGUGGUGUGUAGGAAACACUCUUGCUGUUAACAAUGGCAUUGGCCUUUCUGGCCACAGCAUCACACAAUUGGCUUUUGUUCAGCUGAGUAUCCACUAAAAUCCCCCGAUUCAGGAGUUCCAGCUAAGCACAGCCUGUCAUGAAUCAUUUCCCUCUUCUGCACAGCUAUCAAAAGGCUCAAGAGGAGCCCAUAUUCCUUUGCAGCCAGUCACUGCCAUUUCUUUACCAAGAUGCAGGUUUGGGAAACUCCCAGAAAACGGAUGCUUGGCUGCACACUUCAGCUGACUUCAGAUGCUUGUAAAAUCAUAAUGGCUGCAAUCUUCUUAGGCAUACUUACUUAGGAGUAAAUGCUAUAUAACCCCUGCUAACUGGGCAAAGAGGCACCUUUUAAAAGUGGUGAUUCUCUUUAUUUAGCAGGGGGAGAGGAACUGGCCCGAUCCACCCCCAGCACAGUACUUCCAGUGACUGUUGCUGGUGUCUAUUAUGUUUCUUUUUCGAUUGUGAGCCCUUUGGGGACAGGAUCCUUCUUAUUUAUUUAUUAUUUCUCUGUGUAAACUGCCCUGAGCCAUUUUUGGGAGGGUGGUAUAGAAAUUGAAUUAAUAAUAAUAAUAUGAUAAAAUCCAGCCAUCCCAGGUCCUUGGGAAGGACUCGAUGUCUGGAUAAAACAAACCAGUCAAUAACACCUGUCUGACUGUGCAAACAAUAAAUAAUAAUAAUAAUAAUAAA